AUGGCCUCCAGAGGCCCCGAGCCCUGGGCCCCUGCCUCCAUGCUGCAGCCAAGGAGGCUGGAGGACCAGACCUUGGACCUGGAGUUUGAGCUCCUGAGCGUGGGGUUCCACCAGGCAGGCAGAUACGUCCUGAGGCUGUCAGCUGAGAACCCCCUGCAGGCAGGCUCCGGGUCUGGGGUGCAGCUGCGGGUGAACGGUGGGGAUCCCCUUCCUGCCUCUUCAGCCCUCACCAACGUCAUUGAGCAGCGGGAUCCAGGCCAGAGUUGCACCCUCACCAGGAACAAGUUUGUCUUCACCUUACCCAAAGGCUUUUGUAGGAACGAUGGGCAGAACGACGCGCAGCUGCGGGUGGAGGCGCUGAGGCUGGACGGAGGAGCCCCUGGAGGGGCCGCCCGGCGGGUGGGCGAGGCCAUCUUCCCCAUCUACCCACGGCCUGACCAACCCCGCAUGAACCCGGCCGCCCGUGCCCACGAGGACUUGUACCGAUACCGUGGCAGCCUGGCUCUGCUCCGCACAGGCGCGGACCCCUCCGCUCGCCACUGCGGGGGCCUGGCCUACAGCGUGGCCUUCCACGCCCACCGGGACUCUUGGCCUGGCGAGUCGGCCUGCCCUCAGGCGCCCGACCAACCUGAGCUGCUGGCCCCGAAGGAGUCCGUGGACACGGCCAGGAGCACAGAGCCUGCUGUCAGCCAUGUGGCUCCCAUCAACAAAGAGCUCAUCACGGUUACGGUCCAUGGGGCCACGAAUCUGCCUGCGUGCAAGGACGGCUCGGAGCCAUGGCCCUACGUGGUAGUGAAAACCACAUCGGAGGAAGCCAAGGACCAGAGCUCCAACGCAGUCACCUGUGUGACCACAGAGCCUACCCGAGCCCCGAUCUGGGGGGACACAGUAACGGUGGAGAUCCAAGCUGAGGAGGCAGGGCAGGAAGAGCUGAUCCUCAAGGUGGCGGACAAGAGAAAGAAAGAGGAGCUGCUGUCCUACACGGUGCCCAUCAAGUACUUGCGUGUCUUCCACCCCUACCACUUUGAACUGGUGAUGCCCACCGAGCCCAAAAAAGACAGUGAAGACUCGGCCAAGGCCCACCUGUACGUCACGGUCGUCCGGAAGGGUAGCUGUAUCCCCCGCUACAUCGGCUGCACCCACACUGCACUGGAGGUCUUUCUCCGUGGAGUCAAUGAGCGCCUGAUCAACAACCUGGACCCCAUGGUGGUAAUCGCCCGGGUGGUUCCCAACUACCAGGAGUUUAAGGUCAGCCAGGCAAACCAGGACUCAGCCUCCGUGGGGCUGCCCAUCACCCCCCUGUCCUUCCCCAUCCCCUCGGUGAUGAACUUCGACGUGCCCCGUGUCAGCCAGAACGGGUGUCCUCAGCUGUCCCAGUCUGGGGGGCCGCCCGAGCAGCCGCUGUGGAACCAAUCUUUCCUCUUCCAAGGACGGGAUGGAGCUACGAACUUCUCUGGAGCCGCCGCCCUGGUGCUGGAGUACUACUCCUCGGCUACAGUAAAAGGCAGCAAGCCUUGGAACCUGGGUCAGCCACUGGGCGUCUCCGUGUUGCCACUCAAGAGCCGUCUGUACCGCAAGAUGCUGGCGGGGAAAGGCUUUACUGGGCUGCGUGUAGAACGGCUUCCCAUCACUGACACCAACCUGAAAACCAUCAGUGGUGAGGCCCCCACAGUGGAUAUCUCCUUCCAGUUGUUCACCUCUGAGAGACCAGAAAACGUCUUGACUCCCAACAGCAGCAAGGUCCUGCCCAUCCUGGACACUCAGAUCUUAGAUGAAAAGCUGGGGACCAUCCGGGAGUCUUGGUCCAAGACCAUGGUCAACUCCACGUCCACAGAGAACUCCAACCCGGCCUCUUCGCAGGGGGCAGAGGAGGAACCUCUGGGGCCAGAGACCUACAGAGAUGCUGAGAUGAACAACUACCGGCGAGCCUUGCAGAGGAUGGCAGAGGACAUCCUGUCGCUGCGGAAACAGGCCAGCCUCCUGGAGGGGGAGAACCGCAGGCUGCGGAGCCAGCUGGCCCAGCAGGAGGCUGAGGAGGAGCAGGACUACGCGGGAGAGGCAGCCCAGAGUCUGGUGUCCAUGAAGGAGAAGCUGCUACUGACGGAGCUGGAUGUGAAGAAGCUACGGGACAAGGUGCAGCAGCUGCAGAACGAGCUGAUUCGAAAGAACGACCGAGAAAAGGAGCUGCUCCUCCAGCAGCAGGUGCCACAGCCACAGGCCAUGCUGCUGAAGCGAUACCAGGACAAGCUGCAGAAGAUGCACGCGCUGGAAGACAUCGUGCGGCACCAGGAGAAGGUGAUUGAAAAGAUGGAGCAGAAGCUGAGGGACUGGAGUGAGGCCCCGGCCCAGAGCAGGCUUCCGGAAAAGCCCAACACAGGCGGCCCCCAGCUUCCCACCACAGGCUAUCCUCUGGGCUCGAAGGGAGAGAACUGGCCGAUGGACAUGUACUCAGUGCUGCUGGCGGAGAACUCGCGGCUGCGGGCUGAACUGGACAAAACCAGGCACCAGUCGGCCCCCAUCAUCCUUCAGCAGCAGGCCCUGCCGGACCUCCUGUCCGGCAGCUCAGACAAGUUUAACCUGCUGGCCAAGCUAGAGCGCGCUCAGAGCCGGAUCCUGUCCCUGGAGAAAGAGCUGGAAGAUUCAGCUCAGCGCUGGGGACGUGAGAAGCAAGACUUGGCCAUACGGCUGCAGGAGCAGGACCACGGCUUCGUCCACCCCUCUGGCUCCAUCAUCCUGGAUCCCCCUGUGAGUCAGCCCUCUGUGGGAGCCUCCAAGGACCCCCAGAGGCCGUCACAGCUGGAGGUUCGUCCCCUGGCCUCAGACACGAAACUCAACACAGCCCCGGAUGUCCAGCAGUCCUGA